AUGUUGUCCUUUCUUCGAAACUUCAAGCCCGUACAGAAACCACAAAGAGCCCAUAUUUCGAUAACUUGUCGAGGUAAGACAAUGAAAGCUGAGAUUUGUCCCUUUUUCCUAAAUUCCAUAGGUAGAUCAAUCGGUCGCCAAGAGCUCUUUGCCUAUACCAAUGGCCGUUUCCUUAUGAAUGAGAAGAAUCAACUUAAUCGACGAUAUGUGAAAUUCGACCUGGAUGCGCUUUGCAGUGCUGCUGCCACUGCUGACGGUCAAUCAUCUCAAAUCAGAGCUAUUGAGAAGAUGGAAGGCGGCUUUAGCAAAGUCUUUCUGAUGCAAAGGGAGAAUGGGACGGAAGUCAUCGCCAAAAUUCCGUGUCGCAUUGCUGGGCCUGCAGUCUUGACCACAGAAUGCGAGGUGGGAAACACAAGUAUCCCCGUUCCCCGGGUCCUGUCCUGGUCCUCGGACAGAUCCAACGCCGUGGGAGCUGAGUAUAUCAUCAUGGAGAAGGCUCCAGGGGUCCAACUUUUUGAGGUUUGGGGAAAGAUGCCAGAAAUAGAAAAGCUUCAACUUACCAGAAGUCUGACAAGGUUGGAGGCCCAGCUAUCGUCUAUUCGAUUUCCUGCGUCUGGGGGACUUUAUCUUCGAGAAAAAACAAACAUUUCUAGGUGGACACCUCUUGAAAAGGAUAUUGAUCCAACGGGUUCUUUCUGCAUUGGUCCCUCUUGUGACCGUACAUAUCACACAGAGGAAAUUGAAAACACUGCUAUCCCAUGUGUGCACGAUAUCGGGCCCUGGAAUACAAUCUCAGCCCUGGGGUUGUCUCGAAUCUCUGACAGACACCUUAAGAACCAUGCGCAUUUCUACCGUGGAAGCGUUGAAGAACAGACCCAACUUCUAAAGACUACGAUACGGCUCAUGAUGCUUUUGGAUGCCAACGAUAUCAUUUCGCAGUCUUCUCAGCCAACACUUUGGCACACAGAUUUACAUAUGGGAAACAUUUACGUCUCCCCCGAUGAACACUCGCAGAUAGUAUCUUUCAUUGAUCUGCAAGGAUUGCUAAUCUUGCCAGCCUUUCUCCAAGCUCGGUGGCCAGUAUUCCUGAGGCCUUGGCAGGAGAAUGAAUACGUGGAAGGCAUUAUACACCCGAAGCUACCGGACAACUUCGAUCAAUUAAAUAAUGAAGAACAAAGGAAUGCAUUGAACAAGUGGGAGCAAGAUAAGCUAGCCAAAGCUUACGAGGUCGCCACAUAUCUUGACAAUAGACCAGCUUAUACGGCCAUGAAUGUGCCGCGAGUUUUUCGAGAGCUGUUCAUCCGUUGCGGUGAGACAUCGGAGGUGGGAGUUCUCCCACUUCGUGCAUGCCUUAUAGAGAUAUCCCAAAGCUGGUCGGACUUGGGAUUCACUGGAGAUUGUCCAUUCUCCUUCACAGAAGAAGAUAUCAAGACUCACGAGCACCAAUUCGCUGGCUAUGAAGAUUGGCACCAAAUCCAGGCCCUUGCCCAGGAAUGUCUGGAUACUGAUGCGGAAGGCUGGAUAUCACCACAUUUCGAUUUCGAGAGCAAGAGCAAUCUGAAUAAGCAAUUGCAGGACCUUUACAUUCAGCAAAUGGCCGGUGAGAAAACUCCAGAGGAAGUGAAGACAAUUUGGCCUUUCCCACUGUGA